CAACACUCGAAUUUUCCCAUUCUUUUCUUUUGUAGUAAAAGUCAAAUAUCAAACUCUUAGAACAAACAACAACAAUAUGGUCGGUCGUCGUCAUCAUCAUCACCAUCAUCAUGGAAUUGGAGGAGCCGUUGGAGCUGGAUUGUUAGGUUUAGGCUUGGGAUUGGCUACCGCUGCUGUUUUGACUACUCCAUCACGUCCAACUGUGACCGUCUCUACUACUCCAACAUGUACUUUCUGGCAUGGUUGUAGACCAAGAUGGUUACCUAAUAAUUUUGUAGUGUCAUCAAGUUAUCAUUCUAAUAGAGGAACAUGGGUAAAUCAAGCUCAAACUCUCUUUUAUCAACACUCUAUGGGAUUGACCUAUUUGAAUAAGAGAAGUUUCAAGUUGGCCAUGAGAUGUUUAGGUGUUCACAAACAUCAAUCCAAGCACUUGUUCUUUAUGAUGGAUACUGAUAGAAAUGGAGUGAUUACUCUUGAUGAAUUUAUCAAUGCCUACUUGUUUGUCAUGUCAGGUGGAUUGUCACAAUGUGGAUUUAGAGGAAUGAGUGGAGUUAUGUAUCCAUCUUCAUUCUCACUCCAACCAAAUCAAACUGUUACUGUCACAACAACCCAAUAUCAACAACAACCAACUCAAUCUAUUACAACUUAUCAACAAGUUCCAACCCAUUCUCAACCAAUGUAUCAACCACCUCCACAACAACAAACAGUUACUUAUCAACAAAAUAUUACAUAUCAACAACCACAACCUUCCUAUUAUCAACCAAUUCCAUCACAACAACCAAGUUAUUAUCAACCUCAACCACAAGUUUAUAAUCCACAACCUUAUGGUCAACCAACUACAAGUGUUUAUCAACCAAAUUCUUAUAAUUCUAACAUGCCACCACCUCAACCUUUUGGUCAACCAACUACAAGUGUUUAUCAACCUCCUCAACCACCUGUCUAUCAACAACCUCGUUAUUAUUAAUUUAUUAUUUAUUUAACAAUUGUACAAUAUAUUAAACAAAUGUUUAUUCU